UAAUUUAAUUUAAGGUAUUGUUUGGCUGAAACCAAACUGCAAAAAGGCGCCUUUCGAUCUAGAAGUGAAUAAAAAUUCUGAAGGAUUAAAAUUGUAAUAUCUUUACUAUUUUUUAGAUGCGGAGCAAUUAUAUUGGAAUUAGCUUUCAGUUUAGAUAUUUCUUUAUCUUUAAUUUUAAUAUUGAUAUUGAUUUAUUUUAGCUUUUAGGAAAUAAGAAGUAUAAAGAAUAAAUUACCAAAAGGCAGAAGCAUUGGCAACAACCAAACAGAGCCUUGAUUUUAUAAAUCAUAUACAUGCUUAGCUUAGUUUUGUUAUCAGUUAUUGGUAGGUUUUCGUAUAAUUUACUUAAUCUUGUCCAAUGUAUUUUUAAGGCAAUAGGAAGAAAAAGGAAAAAAACAAGUAAGAAGGGUUAUAAUUAUUGGUGGCAUGUUUAAUUGAUUAAGUUAAUAAUUUGAUGGUUGUGAUGGGCACUUUUAAAAUGUGCCCUGGGGUCGCUAGUGGCAACGCAUUUAUUUUUUCUAAACUUCAGUUGGCCAUUUUGAAAUAUAAUAUUAGUGAUGAUUUGUUAUGGUUUCUUUUGAUGAAUCGAUUGCAGUCUUUGUUUUGGGGAUUCAAACUUCAGUUUCCUACUUUUUAGUUGAGUUGAAUUAUUUUUCAUUUUUAGAAACUUGAUUCCAUUUGUUUCUCAUGGUUCUAUGUUCUUUUCUGGUCCAGUCUGAUCAGAUUAAGAUGUCAUGUUUUGCGAAUCCUAUUUAGUUCCUUUUAUAUGUUGCCUUCUCUAAAAGAAGUUAGAACUUUGAAAUUUUGUAGAUUUAGCUGCUACUUUGUGGGCAAAUCUAGGUUAGUUGCCUUAAAAUAUUUAAGUUCCAGAUUUUCAAACAAGCCGAAUGUUCAAACUCAAGAGAAAAUGUUUAGAUGACAAAUUUGUAGAUUAUGCUUGUAAUUAGGUUCCAAUGCUUUGAUAUAAAUAGAGAAAGGGUCCCAAGACAAGGACUGAAUUCGGAACUUCUUCUCUAAUUGGGGAUGAAAGAUGUGUUAAGGCUUUUAACACCUCCUGGUACUCCUCUUUUUCCUUCCUUGGAGAUGGAGUCACAGAAGACUGUAAUGAGUCAGAUUGGUACUCCUAAGGCUCGUCCAACUGCCCUGAAAUCUAGACUAGCAAAUCCCCAGCCUGAGUCUGCUGCUAGAGGCAACUUAGCGCUGAAUCAACCGGCUCUAUCACCUGGAUUGAAUUCUACAGGGAUUCAGAGGCCAUCAUCAUCAGGGGGUUCAGGUUCAAGACCUGCAACACCCACUGGACGACCUACAUUGACUGGAUCUAAACCUACGAGAUCAUCAACACCAACAUCUCGGGCCACGUUACAGUCUACUAAACCCUCUAUUUCUGCAUCCAAGCCUGCAACAAAACCUUUAACUUCGUCAACUAAGCCCAUGAUUUCUGCAGCCAAGGCUCCAUCUCCUGCAACUAAGCCCACAGUUUCUGCAAGAUCCUCCACACCAACGAGGUCCACAGCUAGGGCUUCUACACCAACUGCAAGACCUUCUAUACCUUCAUCCAAACCUGCAUCAAGAGCAGCUACACCAACUCGUCGACCAUCAACUCCAUCAAGUACUAAUAUAUCUGCCCCUCCAAUUAAAUCAUCUUCUUCAGUUACAAAGCCAACUACUGCAGCAUCCAGAAGUUCUGUACCAUCACGUGGUGCCUCACCGACUGUAGCAUCUAGACCAUGGAAGCCUUCUGAGAUGCCUGGUUUCUCACUUGAUGCUCCACCAAAUUUAAGAACAACACUACCUGAUAGACCACUUUCGGCCACCAGAGGUAGGCCUGGAGCGCCAAGUGCUCGAUCUUCUUCUGUUGAACCAGGUGCCAUUGGUAGACCGAGACGACAGUCAUGCUCUCCUUCAAGAGGACGUCUCCCUAAUGGUGCUAUGCUGCAUUUAAGUGGUGGCUCUGUUCCUGCAGUAAGUCGUGGCUAUUCCAAAGCUAGUGACAAUGUGAGUCCUGUUGUUAUUGGAACAAAAAUGGUUGAGAGAGUGAUAAACAUGCGGAAAUUGGCACCACCCAAGCAAGAUGAUAAAAAUUCUCCUCAGCGUAACUCCUCUGGGAAGUCUGCUUCACCAGACAGUACAGGCUUUGGAAGAACACUUUCAAAGAAAUCACUGGAUAUGGCUAUAAGGCAUAUGGAUAUAAGGCGAAGCAUUCCUGGAAAUUUACGGCCGUUGAUGACAAAUAUUCCAGCAUCAUCUAUGUACAGUGUGAGAUCAGGUCAUACACGAAGCAGAACAAUUAGUGUCUUGGAUUCCCCUCUUGCUACAAGCAGUAAUGGUAGUUCAGAGCUUAGUGUGAAUAAUAAUGGCCAUUGUUUUGAUGGGAGCGAAGUAGAAGAUGAUAUCGGCAGCGAGAGAGUUGGUCGAUCCCCUAGCCGUGUCCAUGCCAGGUGAUGGUCAGUGUGUACAACCAUGAGAAAUACCCAUACAUAUUGUUUAAAAUUCUACAAGAUUUAACAUUUGGAGGACGAAGGACGUAUCGAGAUCAUUAUUCUAAUAUCCAUGUAAAGCUAAUUAGAUUUGUUUACUGCUGUGUAAUUCACCAUCUUUUGUAUUAUUAGGUAAAACCAGGUGGAUGGUAAAACAUGUUUCUUCCCCAAAUUCUACACGGUGAGUUGUUGUGAAACUAGCUGCUUUGAAAUGGUGAAAAAGCUUUGUCAAUUGAAAACUAGAGUUCAGCGUAUCAACCUUGAUUCUUUUUUCCCAAUUGGAAUGAAUUUGUUUUUGACAUAAAA